CUCAGGCACUGUGUUUCUGCUCUGUGGGCUGCAGCCCCAUAACCCAGUGGGGUGGCAUGUCACAGAGGAAGGCCAGAGGGCUACCAGCCAUGCCAGGGGUGGGCCACAGCCAGACUCAGGCCAAAGCACGGUUGCUGCCAGGCGCUGACAGGAAGAGGAGCCGCCUCAGCAGGACAAGGCAGGACCCGUGGGAAGAAAGAAGCUGGAGCAAUCAGAGAUGGAGCAGAGCUACCCCUGGCCCUCGAGGGACCAGGGCUGGGGGCCUGGCUCUUGGCAGGAGCGAGGCCUGUCCUGAGAACGCUGCGCGGGAGCGGAGCCGGGUCAGGACGCUGCGCCAGGCCUUCUUGGCCUUGCAGGCUGCUCUGCCUGCCGUGCCGCCCGACACCAAGCUCUCCAAGUUGGACGUGCUGGUGCUCGCCGCCAGCUACAUAGCUCACCUCACCCGCACGCUCGGCCACGAGUUGCCUGGCCCCGCCUGGCCACCCUUCCUGCGUGGACUCCGCUACUUGCACCCUCUCAAGAAGUGGCCGAUGCGAUCUCGUCUCUAUGCUGGAGGCCUGGGGUACUCUGAUCUUGACUCCACCACAGCAAGCACCCCCAGCCAAAGAACAAGAGACGUAGAGGUGGGAUACCAAGUCCCUGGAGAGGCAGAUGUUCUCUUUUCUGCCACGCCACUCUCACCAGUGCUUGGCAACAAAUAAUUAUCACACUUGCCUUUUCUCCUAGACUGUGAUUCAUGCUUAGGGACCUGGAUUUUCUACCAGCCCCCACCUGUCUUCACUCUGAUUCUCAGCCAUC